UUUUUUUUUUUUUUUUUUGUUAUUCCACAUUUGAACGAGGGAAAAAAAAAAAGCUUUUAUUACACCAUCCCUUUCUUUCACAUUAGCACCCUUUUUAUAUAAACAUUAACAAACUCAAGCAGAAACAUGGACACCAAUUUGUACAAUGGAGUUCGAGCUGAACCCAAGUUUCUCAGGGAUCCUACUUCGCUUGAAUCCAUCUCUUCAGGUAUAUCCAGACUUUCCUCGUAUGUUACAUCAAACCUACCUAAAAGAAAGUCAAGCAUGACAUCUCCUUUUGAUCCACACUAUCAACAAUACCAACAACAACAACAACAACAACAACAGCAGCAGAGAAGAAUAGAGGAGGAGGAGGAAGAUGAAGUCAAUGAUAUGGAAGGAUUUGAUACAAUUACGUAUGCUUCAUUUGAUAAAUUAGAUUACAAGGAUAACAAUUUGUCUUGCCUUUUACUUGGAUACCAUGACGGAUUUCAAUUAUGGGAUAUCACUAACCCAGAUAACGUGCAUGAAUUAUGUUCUAUCAGAGAUAAAGAAAAAUUCGGUACCGUAUCUUUGAUUCAUAUCGUGAAGGCGGAGGGAGGUCCUUUAUUAGCCAUCAUUUCGGAAUCUGUUGUCAAAGAUGCAAUGAUAAAAGAUACGCCAUUGCCAAAGCAUCAUCGCAUGGAUUCAAAUAGUUCCAAUUCCACUACAAACACAAGUACAACCACAAGCAAUGUCAUGAUCUAUUCCUUGUUAACACAAUCGGUCGUCAAGGAGAUCGAUGACUUUAAAGAGGAAGAGGAUGAUACGACCGUCGUCACAUGCAUCAAAAGUAACCACAAGGUCAUCGUGCUGGGUUGCUUAUCACGUCACAAGUCAUCAAUUCAUAUCCUAAAAACAGAGGAUUAUACACCUUUUGCCAGUCCUCUGACCGACGUAUUUCAUGAUCCAUCCACAGGUCCUAUCUUUACACUCGGCACUCGCUUGAUUGCUUAUGCCACCCAUGCUGCAGUGUUAAAUUCAGAUCCUAUCAUGACCUCACUCACCAAUAAGAGCAUCAGUUAUACAGGUUUCGGUGUACUUCAAGGAGAAAAAGAUGUGAAGGGAGCAGCCAAGGAUAUUGCCAAAGAAGUCGUGAGCGGUAUGAAGACAUUGGGCGAAUUUGGUUUUAACACUUUAUCGAAUUAUUUCGGUAACACAAGUCAAUCCACGCCUCAAUCCGUCGAUAAAAUGUACGGUUCCAGUCCUAGUAGUCAUAACCGAAGAUCCUCUAGUCAUUCACCGCAACCCGAUUUCAAUGCAAUCACCACACCACCACCACCACACAUCGGUAACUCCUCUACCACCAACACCACCACCACCUUAAAUAAAAAAAUCAUACCUUCUGGCAUGAUCAUGAUUCGAGAUAUAUAUAAACUCCCUACUACACCUACAAGAAACCUCUCACUUUCUACCAUUGCUCAUUUUAGACCUCAUACGCAUCCCAUCAAUUGUUUGACCCUGAACGCAGCGGGGACGUUACUCAUGUCAGCGUCCAAACAGGGUCAUACUUUCCACAUCUUUUCAAUUCUCACCAACCAUACCACGAUCGGUAAUGCCUCGCAUCUGUACAGCCUGUCUCGCGGUAUCACGGAUGCUCAAGUGGAAGACUGUCAAUUCUCUGUUGACUCCACUUGGUGUGCCAUCAGUACAGCACGGGGUACGACCCAUGUCUACGCUAUCAAUCCAUACGGUGGUAAACCCGAGAUUGCAGGCCAUGUCCAUGCCAAAGUCAAUAAUCCGACCUUCCACCCCUUGGUAGCCAAUAAGACCAAGACCAAGGCCACCAACUUGGGUUCGGUGGUACGUAUCAAGCAACGACGCAAGAUGCCGGGUCAACAUCUCAGUAUGUCCCAAGACGACCUUGUCAAAUUCUCCAAUCAGUAUGCCUAUUAUGGUCCCACACCACCGCAUUCUAUACCCCCAUCUCGAUUUAACAAUACCAAGGACCCACGUGCGAAAAUCACUUGUGCUUUUGUCACAGCCACGAAAUCACCUUAUCUCGUUAAUCACAGUCAUGUCUAUCAGCAUCAAAAGGGAUCCCCUUCAGAGACUUUACCCUCGAGUUCUAUUAAACAACAGGCGACAAGUAUGUUAUCUUCAUUUGGUUCUAGUAUGAGCCAUAUCCCAUAUCUACCUAACGGAUCAUCCCCAUCUCAGCAACAUCAACAGCAACAACAACAACAACAGACAAAGACAAAAUGGAACGAUAAAAGUGAUACCCUCAUGUUUGGUUUUGAUGAGGAGUACGAUGAUGCUGCCAAGAUGAUGAAUGACGAAAUCGGUUACCAAGAUCUCUACUCGUUUCAUCCCGAUGGCAUUUUAACCCUUCAUCGGUGUUGGGUAGCUAAAACCGUGGUCAAGAAACGUGAGAACGGACGUAACAUGGAAAAAUUGGAUUUGACGUUAAAGGAAGAAGAUGUGGCUGAAUGGCGUGUGGCCAGAAACAGUGAUUGGGAACAAGUCAAAUUAAACUUGGUCCUUGAUACGACGAACAAAAAACCCAAAGGAGGCCUAGCGGUAAGGGGGAAUAAGAAAAAGUUAUGGCUUUCGAAUGCAGAGAUUACAACGUAUGCCAAUGAUGAACCACCUCUAUGGGGUUUACAUCAGUUUCGUUUUCAAACGUUUGAAAAGGUGGGGGAUUUACAAAGGAUCUUGAACGCGGGGAUCAUUCCACCCACCGAAACCAUGGUAUUGUUAAAAGGGAUGCCCGAACCUGUGUCCAGUCGUAUUGAUCGUGUACGCAAGACAACCACUCGAAUUGCCAAUGAUAAUGUGGAGGAGAACAUGGAAGACGCAUUAGCCGAACUAGAAGACAAUAUAUCCAAGGCGAUGCAAACCUCGUUUUCACCUUCAUCCAACUCCAUGAACAAUAGCCCAGCAGCAGGCAGCUUAAAAUGGUUAUCAUCCAGUGCGAAUGCAGCAAUGAACGGUGGGGUACCUUCACCUUCAUCCAUGAAUAAUCAUAAAUCGUUUAUGGAUAAGAAUUCGUCUGUAUCGUUUGAGGAUGCGUACCUGAUCCAUAUGGGUAGUGGACCUAGUCCGGAACCCUCAAUGCAUAACAACAAUACGAUGAUGAUGAUGGAACAUAGCUCCUUGAUUCAAUUUGAUGAUGAUGAAGAGGAAGGGGGAAAGGAAGAAGAGGAAGAUAUUAUCCGAUUGGAGGAGGAGGAGGAUGAACUUGUACAAAAGGACGUGUAUUCACCUGAUGGAGAUAAUGAGGUGGAAUAUCCUUCUGAAUCUAUCUUUGGUGAAAUCAGAGACCGCAGUAGCAGUCAUCAAAGUGAUGAUGAAUCAAAUACUUCUUGGUAGUGUAAAUAAAUAAAAAAAAGUUUUUUUUUU